CUCCGUUCACGCACAGAAAAAAAGUUGAGAGCGCGGGCACGACGUGUUCACGGCGGUACUAUGAGGCUGCUAACAUCCACGUAGCGUGAAAAUAACACGGCGGUAGGAGUUAACGAAGCUGUGGCGGGGCGCAGAGCAGCACACAUGGACAUAUUCACGGACGACCCCGAGUUUCCGGACAUCCAUAUGGUCCAAAGGGUUGUGAAUAUGUUUGAUGGAAAGACUCAUAUGCAGAGGAUCAUAACAUGUGGCCUUAUUGGUAUGGAAUAUCAUGGUGAGCUGGAUGAUGCAAGUGAGGAUGAUGAUUUUGAGCAUUGGGCACAUGGUCAUAGCGGUUUCCAUGGAUACGGGAGGCUGCCUGGGAGGAGUGACGGGCGUGGAUUACAUAGAAACCCAUCCAGCUCUCUUUAUCAUCCCCCACUGCAUUACUACACUUCAGCUCACGAACCUUCUCAUCCAGCUGUAAAAGUUCAGGCCAAAGAGAAUGAUACUGAAAGGAAAACCAGAUUAUUACAAGAUUCUAAAAAAGGCAAAAACAAGGCUGAGAAGAAGAGGCUUAAAAAACAGAAACAGAAGGAAAGAAAACAGCGCGAGAAGUUGGAGAAGGAAAAACAGAAGCCUGCAAAAAACGAGGAGCAAAAAGACGACACACAGCAGUCUGAAGCAGUUAAAGAUGAAGGCGAUGCCAAUUCCAGCGUUAAACUGUCGGCUUCAGCUAAAGAUACAGACACGAGUGACAGCAGUGAAAACGAAUCCAGUGAUGAAGACGGAGACACCAAGCACGACUCGAGCAACUCAGAGGAACUGGAUAUGACGAGUACUUUUGUGAGCAAAGCAGCUCUUAUAGCGAUGCGUAAACUGGAGCAGAAGCCCAGAGCUGAGAAGAAGGAGAAAAAGAAGACCCCAGAAAAAGAACGUAAAUCUGUGCCUGACGACCCGAAUAAAGGAGAGGAGGAUGGAAAGAAGGAUUCUGCUGCUCCUAGCGGUGCCACCUUUGAAGAAAACGUUAAAAUAAGUACCAAUCUUGCAAAUGUUGGAAAUAAAUAUGCAAGUGCUGGAGAGUUCAGUAUGGCCGUGAAGUAUUUUACUGAUGCUAUAAAGUAUAAUCCUACAGAAUUUAAGCUGUUUGGAAAUCGUUCUUUCUGUUUCGAAAAGUUGCAAGAAUACGACAAGGCGCUGACAGAUGCGGAGCUGUCUCUGGGAAUCUGUCCAGGCUGGGUUAAAGGUCUGUUUAGAAAGGGAAGAGCUCUGGCUGGACUGAAGAGGUAUGAAGAAGCUACACAGGCCUUCAGGGAAGUCCUCAAAAUGGACAGUUCAUGUGCAGAAGCUGCCAAGGAACUGAUGCGUGUGCAGAUAACACAGCUAAUGAACUUUGGUUUUACACGGGAGCAGAGCUCAAAUGCUUUAAUUAUUCAUGAGACGGUAGAAAAGGCGUUAGAGGUGCUGUCCAAAUUAAACAUACAACCAGGUGUUAUUGAAAAUGGCGCAAUCCAACCAGCUCAGGUAGUCAACGUCACUGGAGUCUCUCCAGUCCUGUCAGCCAACAACAAUACUGCUGCUGCUGCUGCUGCUGCUGCUCCGUCCCAGGAUGCACCAAAACAAACACUUAUUAACAAACCUUUAGGUCCAGUACACAAUACGUCCAAUGUCCAGAGUCAGUCAAAGCCUGUUAAUCCUCGGUCAGUGAAGACUAGCGAUGACGACGACAGACCACCACCAGAGCUGUUUCCAGUUUGGGUCGGAAACUUGAAUUAUCCAGUAGCUGAGUCCAUGAUUAUCAACCUGUUUACUAAGGCCGGAGCUGUUUAUAGUGCGAAGGUUCUGGUUUCCAAACGAUGUGCCUUCGUGAACUUUACAAAACAAGAGCAUUGUGAUGAAGCAAUCAGGCGCUUUAAUGGCUAUGAGCUGAACGGCAUCAAAAUGGUUGUGAGAUAUCCGGACAGGAUUCCUCCAGGUAUGGGCAUCUCCAAAUCUGCCCUUAAAGCCGAAAACCUGCAAGACGAAAACGUCAGGCACAGUGAGUACGAUGAUGGGAGGAACGCAGCUGGAAAUCGGAGGUUUGUUCGUCCUUACAAACACGUCCAGAACCACAGAGGCAACUACUGAAACAAUACAGAUGCCUUUCGACUGCUUUGGUCUGACCGUUGCCUUCUAUAAAAACAGAACCUCGUCAUGUUCAGAAGUGACUUGUCAAUGUUAUCUUCACAGUAUCUGUACUGCUGUUGGACCACAGAAGCUCAUUGGCUAAACAAUUUUUUAGGGAUAAUUUUUUAAAAAUAUUGUUUGACAACUUAAAUUGUCAGGUUUAUGUAAGCUAGUGAUUCUAGGCAUCAACAAAGGCAUCACAAUGAUGUGAUUUUUAUAGCCUGAUGGUGUUUAAAUAUCAGUAAGCAGACAUGGUUUGCCCACCAGCUUAUAAAACAGGCUGUUAAAAUGUCAUAAGUCUGACUUAGCAGCAAUUAUAUGUUCAUUUAGUGACGACCCCUUAAUUAUAGCAUCAGCUUUGGUCGCCAAACUUCAGUAUUCCAUUACUGUGGGUUUUUUUACAUUUACAAACUGAGAACCAGAAGUUAUUACUAGUUUAAUUCACAUUUGUAGAACAAUAAGAGGAGCCUCACAUAUAUGACCUGCUUCUAAAUUCCCUUAAUCAGUAUGUUAAUCCAGAAUUCUUUAUUACCGAUUAUUCAUUUAAUGGAAGUUGCACUUUUAUCCUGCCUUGCUGUACAACAGGUGCAACCCUCUAUAAAUACAUCAUGACGCAGUAUUUCGUCAUGUACCUAAUAUGUGGUUCAUAAGAAGACUUUUGAAUGAGCGGUAAUCAUUUUGUGGAACAUCUGAGUCUUUGUUCAGGUGCCCCUUCAUUAAUUAUGAACUUGGUGUUCCUAAAUAAGAAUUAAAAGAUUCUUUCGUACUCUGAA